ACGCCGUUGGCCUUGCUUUGCCCCUCCUCCUAACUAAAACCUCUCUCUCUCUCUCUCUCUCUCUCAUCUAUGUAGUAUUAAAGCCAGCACACUACACAACAAGCAAACAGCAUACAUAGGCAAAGCAGAUAAGAAGCAACUGCUAAGGCUUCUCUGCUACAAACAGACACGCGAGAGAGAGAGAGAUAGAGGUUUUAAAGAAUUCAAAGCUAAAACAAGAUAUGGAGGAGCUCUUGUCUUGGCUUAAGCUUCUCGUCAUAUGGGUGAUGUUCUUAGUGUUAGUGCUGAAGGUGGUGGUAUCGCUUUGGUGGAGGCCCAGAAGAAUUGAAGACCAUUUCUCAAGGCAAGGGAUAAGAGGACCCCCAUACCGUUUCUUCAUUGGAAAUGUUAAAGAACUCGGGGGGAUGAUGUUAAAAGCCUCCUCUCAGCCCAUGCCUUUCUCUCACAACAUACUCCCCAGAGUCCUCUCCUUCUACCACCACUGGAAAAAGAUCUAUGGUGCAACAUUUCUCAUGUGGUUAGGACCCACGGUUCGUCUCACCAUUUCCGAUCCAGACCUCGUCAAAGAUAUCUUCACCUCCAAGUCAGAGUUUUAUGAGAAGAUUGAAGCACACCCACUUGUUAAACAGCUCGAAGGUGAUGGCCUCCUCAGUCUGAAAGGAGGAGCAAAAUGGGCUCACCACAGGAAAAUCAUCACCCCUACAUUCCACAUGGAAAAUCUCAAACUGUUGAUACCAGUAGUGGCAAAGAGUGUGGUGGACAUGUUGGAGCAAUGGCAGCUUGUUGCAAUGUCCGAGUCGGGAGAGGUUGAAAUUGAAGUUUCGGAAUGGUUCCAAACCCUAACAGAAGAUGUCAUCACGAGAGCAGCAUUUGGCAGCAGCUAUGAAGAUGGAAAAAAGGUUUUCAGAUUACAAGCACAGCAAAUGAAGCUAGCUGCAGAUGUUUUUCAGAAAGUUUUCAUCCCUUGCUACAGAUUCCUGCCCACAAAGAGAAACAUGAAUUGCUGGAAGUUGGAUAAGGAAAUCAAGAAAUCUGUGGUGAACUUAAUCGAACGGCGGAAAGAUGAGAAAAAUAAUUCUGGUGGGGAUUUAUUAAUGCAAGAGAAAAGUCCAAAGGAUCUGCUGGGCCUCAUGAUUCAGGCUUCAAAGUCUUGCCCAUCAUCAAAUAUCACUGUCCAUGACAUUGUUGAAGAGUGCAAGAGCUUUUUCUUUGCCGGCAAACAGACCACAUCCAAUUUGAUGACGUGGACUACUGUUCUUCUGGCUAUGCACCCUCACUGGCAGGUACAGGCACGUGAGGAGGUCCUAAGGGUGUGUGGAUCACGUGAUGUACCCAGCAAAGAUGAUGUUGUCAAGCUUAAGACGCUAAGCAUGAUCUUUAACGAGUCCCUCCGAUUAUACCCUCCGGCGAUCGCAGCAAUCAGACGGGCCAAAGUUGAUGUAGAGCUCGGAGGCUACAAGAUCCCAUGUGGGACCGAGAUUUUGGUUCCAAUCUUGGCCAUCCAUCAUGACCAGGCCCUGUGGGGCAACGAUGCCAACGAAUUCAACCCAGGUCGAUUCUCCGGGGGCGGGGCACGGGCAGCAAAGCAUCCGGUUGCGUUCAUUCCAUUUGGCCUUGGUGUCCGCACAUGCAUCGGACAAAAUCUAGCCAUAUUGCAGGCCAAGUUAACGCUGGCAAUCAUAUUGCAGCGCUUCUCCUUUAGGUUGGCCCCAAGCUAUCGGCAUGCACCGACGGUCCUGAUGCUACUCUACCCCCAAUACGGUGCACCCAUCCUUUUCCAAUCCCUGUCCCAUCCUGAUCAGGGCCACAAAGAUCAAGGGUCCUCCUAAGAUGACGUUGCUAUCUCUACAGAGACCCAACAUCCCGAUCGAGUGUGAGCACGCCUAUAUAUGCUAGCUGCAUUAAUAUUAAUGUUGAGUGGGCAUGCAGAAGUAGUACCCAUCAUGAUUGCCUUGCCUUUGCAUUAUUCCUGAGCGAGCGAGCUGAUCAGAAUUAUAUAGAUAUAUAUAUAGGAGCUGCUGCUGCUAAGCUAAGCUAAGCUAAGAUCGAUCGAUCAUCUUCUAGGGAGAAAUGUUUGUGAUGUUAUUCAUGUUGCAUGGUAUUGCUUGAUGAUGAGUAGUACUACUGAAGUCUGACAUCCAUGUCCAUGGUUUUUUGUUUUCGUUUUUGACCAGAAGAAUGUUUUACCCUGGCAUGUAACCCCGGGCGGCCCCCCCAUGCAUGGUUUUUCACCCCCCAAGUCCUUUUUUUGUAUGUAAGCUCUGCUUUUAGUUGUAGGAUUUAGUAAAUGGCUAACAGUUGUAGGUAUAAAGCUAGCUCCUAGUGGGUCUCAUAUGUAUGUAUUG